GAAAGCGUGAUUGACCUCUCGUUAUCGUGGACUUCAUUCUAAAAAAAAAAGAAAAAAGAAAGAAAAAAGAAAGAAAGAAAGAGCAUGGAGGCGGAGGCGGCAAUGGCGCCGGCGGCGGCGCCAGCGGCGGCGACAGGGGCGGUGCGGGUGGAGAAGGUGAGGGGGAGGUCAGCGGUGACCAGGUGCUUCGCCAAGUACCCGCUCAAGCUCAUCGCCCCCUCCAAGGCCGGGCGCGCGUCCUCCGGCGCCGCGUGGCUCUACGCCAUCACCUACGGCGGCGGCAUCGUCUCCGGGGACAUCAUCUCCUGCACGGUGGCCGUCGGCGACGGGUGCGCGGCGGCGAUGACCACGCAGGCCUCCACUAAGGUGUACAAGGCCGUGGAUUCAAAAUGUUCUGAGCAGGUGCUAGAGGCAAGAGUUGGAGAAGAUGCACUCUUUGCACUUAUUCCAGAUCCUGUAACCUGCUUCUCAAUGGCUCGAUACCACCAGAAGCAAGUGUUUCAUGUCUUUCCCAAUUCAAACUUAGUCGUUGUAGACUGGUUUACAAGUGGUCGUUACGAGAGUGGAGAAAAAUGGAAUUUCAGCUUCUACAAGAGCAUCAACCAUAUUCUUUUGGAAGAUCAGCCUCUAUUUAUUGACUCGGUUUUAUUGGAACAGAGCUCAAAUUUUAGUAUUGCUGACCGAAUGCAGGAAUACAAUGUGGUUGCAAUGGUUAUUUUGCUGGGACCAAAGUUAAAGCACAUACAAGAUCAGAUGCAAGAUGAGGUAAAAAAGAUGAUGUCUGUACAACUGCGCCCUCCCACUUCUGCCGGAGGUCGCUACUCGACAAGAUCACAACCCCUACAUCCCCAGAGGCCUCCAAUCAUCGCCUCCUGUAGUCCAUUCGGUCGCAUGGGCACUGGGAUGGUUGCUCGGAUAACCGCAGUGAGCACAGAAUCUGUGUACAGCUUCCUGAGACAUCAUCUGGCAGCACUGGAACCAUUCCUUGGCGCUUGCCCAUAUCCUGCAUCAUGAAGCUAGCGGCCAUCUGACUGUUGAUGGAUCAUCAUGAAAUCUUCACUUCCGACGAAGAAUGAAGAUGUAAAAAUUGUCUUCGCAUACGCCUGCUCCCCGUAGUUGAUUGAGCAUGCUUUGAUUUUGGUUGUACAUGUUAUAGUUCUUUGUGAAUUUCUGAGUAAAAGAAGAUACUCUGGGAAUUGGGCAGCUGAUGAUCAUGACCCUCUUUCUGUACUUUACAAUAAAUCCUCCUUCCUAGUCUUGGUGGGCCAGGCUGAAAUGUUGGAUUCGUUGGGCUGGACCCAACUUAUGUUAGUUGGACCAGAUAAUUAAUUCAUCAGCAAUGCAAAGAUUGUUGUACACUGCUGCAGAGAU